AUGGACUUGACUUUCAUCUCUAUUCACGACCUCACUCCCGAUGCUCGUGUCCUCUAUUCCUCCGAUUCCAUUGUCGACGUCCUAGGCUGGACACCAGAUGAAGUUGUCAACCGCUCCUGCUGGGAAUUUUUCUGUGAAGAUGAACUGCCCUUCGCUCAAGCAUUCCACAAGAAGGGUGUCCAGAUGGACAAGGCCGCCGUUCUGUCCUAUUGCCGGGUGAGGAACAAGGAAGGACAAUGGACCGGUGUCGAAUGCUGUUUCACCGUCGUCUAUGAUGUUAUGAUUGUCUGCACAUCUGUCUAUCGAAGGGGGUUGCCGAGUCAAAAACGAGCCGAAGAAGCCCCUAUCAUACGCCGCUUGUUCUCAUCAUCACCGCGGGAUCCACGUUAUCACAUGUUGUCGCAUAUCUCAGACAAGUUUAGACGACCUGCCCCAAAGCCGACACAUGAACCACGAGCCGCUUUGUUCCUGAACCGCUUUACUCGAACCUUGACCAUCAUGUAUGCGACCGCCGGUCUGGAAGAGGUCAUCGGCAUCCCGGCCGAUUACAUGAGGGGCCGCAGCUUUUAUUACUGUAUCGCUGAAAAUUGUUUGCAAGACGCUAUCAAAUGUCUUGAGAACGCAAAAGCGAAUGAUUCUAUAGCAUAUCUUCGAUUCUGGUUCCGGGAUCCUCGCAUAGAUGAUGACGUCACAACACCCAUGGACGAGGAAAGCGACGACGAGAUGACAGCACAGAGUAGUGUUGACCAAGACAUUGGCGGCGGCGUUCACAUCAAUGAAUCGCGUUCAGGAUCCGAGAGCAUGGAUAUCGACUCACACCACAUUUCGAAUUCUCGGACCACAUCAGGACACAGUAGCACAGACGCACAAGACACGCAUUCGGCAAUAUUUGGGGACUCUAUGGCCGAGGAAUCGUCGGCGUCUUCCACGACUUCGCCCGAUGGAAGCGUCAGGCCACCUAUUCAGCGUGAUCCAAUCGAGCUUGAAGCAGUCAUAUCUUGUACGUCCGACGGCCUUGUAGUAUGUAUGAGGCGGGCACGACCUAUGAUCCCAACACUGGCACGUUCGAGAUACGAAAACGGUCUCUUUGCUGCUCCAUGGGCAACGGAACCCAUCCUACCACCAAUGGAGGCACGCCCACAGCAAGCAUUCGCCACAAAUUUCGCACCAUCACUAGGCCCGUUCAGUGCUCAAACAGAUCACGUAAGAGCUGGCGGACCUGCUCAGGACGACUUUAUGAAUUCCAUCCGGGACCAGGCUAUCUUCGCAUGGGCUUUAACUGGAAUCAACGGUGCACUCCACCAAUACGGUGCAAACAAACCAUAUGGAGAAUCACUACCACUCGAAGGUCUCGAAGUGUGGGAAUCCGACCCAUACGCACAAUCUGAGAUCUUCAGGAGUGAUUCUGGGUCAGGACUCGAUGGCAUGACGAAGGGUCAUAGUCCAGCACAGAUGUUUGGUGAUCCUGGCCUUGACGGUUACAGGAAAAGGUAG